AUCAUGUAUGUAAGAAUGAUGCUGAUGAUGAAUGUGGUUCAUCAGGUGAUAUCUGGCCGGUCUUCAGCGACUCUUCCUCCGCUGGUGCGUGGCGGUCAGAUGUCUAAAGCCGGAUCUCAGAUGAUGAUGCCUCCGCUGGUCAGAGGAGCUCAUGCCACAACACAACAGAUGUCCAGUUCAACACCUGCACUGCUGCUGGCUCCUAACGUCCAGAGUCAUAAGCUCAUUCAGCCGGGCCUCAUACGAGUGACAAACGCUCCGAACGGCGGUCUGCUGCUCAGCAUCAGUCAGUCCUCGGCUGCAAACCUCAAGCCAGCGAAUGUGAGCGACUCUCCGGCCAGUCGACAGGCGGCAGCCAAACUGGCUCUUCGCAAACAGCUGGAGAAAACUCUGCUGGAGAUUCCUUCGCCCAAACCACCGGCCGCUCAGUUCAACUUUCUGCCUUCAGCCGCCAAUAAUGAGUUCAUUUAUCUGCUGGGACUGGAGGAGGUGGUGCACAACAUUCUGGAUUCCCUGGGCCGAGGUAAACAGGGUGUGUACGCCGGGCUGGUGGUCUCCGCUCAUGAGCCCUACUGCUGUUGUCAGUGUCAAACUGACUUCACCCGUCGCUGGCGCAAAGACAAGGGCGGAGCUACCUUGUGUGAGCAGUGCAUGUCCUCCAAUCAGAGGAAGGCUGUGAAGGCAGAGCACACCAAUCGUCUGAAGGCGGCGUUUGUUAAAGCUCUUCAACAGGAGCAAGAGAUUCUACAGCAGACCACCCUUUCUUCUUCAUCAUCUUCAUCAUCAUCCUCAGCUCACAGGAUGAAGGUUGAUCCCAUCAAACAACACUCACACGCCAGAUCCAGUGAGCCAAUCACACGUCACCCUGCCACCAUCAAACAGAGUCCGGUGCAGAUCUCUCGCGGCGUGGCAGCGAUACGCAGAAUUCCUCACUCCUUCUCUCCAUCCUCUCAGCUGCAGAACGCAGUGGCAGCCGCAGCGCUGGUCAGCAGGCCAGGUGUGACGAUGGCCUAUGUCAACACCAGUUUGUCCGUUCAGAAGAGUUCUUCGUCAUCAGCGGAGCGUCAGAGAGAAUAUCUCUUAGACAUGAUCCCGUCACGCUCCGUCUCGCAGACGGCAAACGUCUGGAAGUGAAAGUCACAUCCGCUGCGCUCUGUGUUGAAUCUAGAACUGCUCCCGAGUUUCAGCUGAGCUUUCCAAACGUCAAGUAUAAUAAAGACUUUCAUUCUGCUCAACGUUUUUCUACGCAUCAUUCUAUCGUGUGAGAGCAGCGUGGCUCAUUUCAGGUUUGAUUGAAUGGAAAUGAAAACGUGAUCCCAUGAAUAAAGCUGACAGAGAUCAGAACACUUUAGACCGGCACUGAUGCUCGUGUGAAUGAUGUGGCGGUAAACAAGCGAUCAGGAGUGGUUUUUAUUCUCAAUGCUGCAGAUGUUAUGACCUGCGCAGCUCUGCACGCGCUCUAGUGCUUCUGUUCUUCAAAUGUGACCUUUUCAUUAAGAAAAACUGUUGAAUGCUAAUAAAACACAGAUUCAGUUUGCUUGUGGGCUUUGUGUUUUGGUUAGUUUUAUAUCUGAUUGGUAUAAUUUGAGCAUCUGUGUGAUUUUGUUCUGUUAUGACAUUGAAGGAAAGUUUGUCUCACUCCAGAGUCGGCUGCUGGAAUCACAUUGGACCCAAACACAAUUAUUAUGUUUAUUGACUUUUGUAAAUGUUGUCCAAACAUCCAGUUUUAUUUCAUUAAAUGCUUCAUUGGGGAUAUUAACCCCUGAAUGUUUGAUGUAUUUGUUUUCUCUGGUCAUGGUUUGUCUCAGUCCAGUCAGAUCUGUUAAAGUUGUAAAUGUUUACAGACAAUAUUAUUAGGCUAGAAGUUUCAUACAAAACAGUUUAUUAUUAUAAUGAUUAUUAUUUGAUGAGCUAUUGGAUCUAAACAUGAGACAUCUCUCUGCAGUCAUAUGUAAAGUGAUGUUAGAUUUAAUUUUGUUCACAGGUCCCACAAUAAAAACUUGUUGAGUCUG